AUGAAAAGCUGGUUACAUAUUUGUAACGCAGAUGGUGAUGGUGAUGCGCCUGAAGCUGUUGCUGAUGCUCUUCAUGAUGUUCUCAAGCUAUCGUGGCGGAAAGAUUCAACAAAAAUUAGUAUUCUAAUUUCUGAUGCACCACCACAUGAUUUGAGCGAAGAAAGUGAUCAUUUUCCAAAAGGAUGUCCUGUUGGUCAUGAUCCAGCACGACACGUUCGGGAAAUGGCCGAAAAAUGCAUAACAUUGUAUGUUGUGGGUGUUGAACCAUCAAUUCGUAAAUUCCUUAUCGUGACUUUUUCAUGGGAUUAG